AAGUCGCAGAUGGAAUGUGUUACUUGUCUUCAAAAAAGGUUCGAUCGUCUGUUUUUGCUUUGUUAUAUUAUUAGUGUGAAAGAGAACAUGAUCUUCGCAGUAGAAUGAACAACCUAAGCGGUUGAAAAGGAACCCUGAUCUUUGCGAUGACCGGACGCAACGCUCUGCUAUCCUCUGAGCUAAUCAAGCCAGUACUUUUUCAACCGUUUAGGUUGUUCAUUCAUUCAUACUGUGAAUAUCAUGUUCAGUUUCUUAUCUGAUAUUUCAAUCCAUAUUCUACUAGUGUCAAACACAGACACAGGUCUCUUCAUAAAUCACGCCAAAAGGUUUGACAAAUGUUUCUGCCUGCAAACGUACCCAGCAUCCUAGGCCAAUUUUUUUUAAGCAUUUAUUAAGCUUUCAACUUAGUCUGAUAAAGGAAUAACAAGUCUCAUCUUUUCUUGUAGGUAAUCCAUCGUGACUUGGCGGCAAGAAAUGUUCUAGUUGGUGAAGGAGAAAAAUGUAAGGUGACAGAUUUUGGAAUGGCAAGGGAUGUGCAUCAGGAUGACAUUUACACCAAAAAAAGUCGGGUGGGUAUAAAACUGGGUAUUUGUAAACUUUCCGGGAUCGGUACUCUGAUAAAAAGGCUGAUGAGUUUCUCCUGUUUAUAAGGUUCCUCUAUUUGUUAAUGAUCCUUGGCAAGCAAACUUGGUCUUGACUUCUGAGAAACGAUUAUAGUUACCAAUUACAACAGGAAACCAAUGCGCAGUGGACAAAAACCGACAUAAAUGAAAACGCAAGACAACAAAUUUAUCUCUAUAUUUUGAAGCAGUCUUAUUAUUAGAAGACAGAAAUAAUGGCAGCCUGUUGUAUUGAUUUGUAAGUAACUCUUAAGUGAAGAAGAUUGAACGGUAAUCUAUAUUAAUUAAGAAGUCAAUUUGCUUUGGAUGUUUAACCAAUCAUAAUGAUAUUGAUGUUUUCUUUUAUAUCAUGGGUGACAAUAAGUCCUUAAUUUUUGCCCGAAAUUUCAGCGUUUAUACUACUACAUGAGAAAUUACUGCAAUUUGAUUGGCUUAGAGCAGUGGUAUUUCAGCUUAAUUUGAAAUACCUACAUGUGAAAUUUACAAACCGUUUGCGGGUAGUAGUAUAAACAAAUAAUAGCAUGAUUUGUACGUGAUAUUUGGCAUAAAUACCACUCGUGCUAUUUCAAAAUUGUCUCAAAUUUCACUCGCCUAACGGCUCGUAAGAUUACGUAUAACAAUUUUGAAAUGUCACUCGUGGUAUUUAUGCCAAAUGUCACAACUAAUCAUGCUAUUACCUAUACUAAUUUAUAAUUUUACAUGUGGAAUUACAAAGUUGUCAUGGCAACAUUCCGCACGUCUCCAAGGUUUACAAAUUUAUGAAUGAAGAUAUCACGGCAUUGCAAGACACUUAAGAAAACGCAAACACACGAAAGAGCAAAUCACGAAGGAUUAUAACAGAAAAAUUCGAAAAGUUUUGAGCUUAAAGCUUUUCUGCAUGUGCGUAAAAUUAAAGUCUCGAUAUGAUAAGCAGGUAACAAAAAACCCCCAAAAAACCCGAUUGUGGGCGUUGUUUGUGACCUGUGAUAUUUAUAGGUAAUAGAGACCUUUAGCAUCACGUUUUUCAUGGGAAACUGCAAACCGCAAAAUGUCACGUGGCCACGACCUUGCGGUCACGUUUGCAGUUUGCAGUUCACGUUUGAACCGCAGGAAGGGCUCCCAGCGGUAAGUGAUUUACGGCAAGGUUUUUUGCCACAAAAAAUUGUACAGCCUCGCGUUUAAAGGUAUGAAUUAGCUUUUUAUAUCCGUUUGCGAUGUUUUUGUUGGAUUUUUUAUAUCGAAUCAAUGAAUUAUUGCUGAUUUUUGGGCGAUUAAAGUGAUGCACUUCGACUUGAUGAAAACAACAUGGCGGCCCUAAACAAUGAACGCGUAGUUCAAAUCGAUUUUAUAUUCCUUUCUGACGUAAUAACAAAAGAAAGUAUUCUGUUCCAAUCCAGAGUUAAUUUUUUUUUCUGUCUUGUUUCUGAAUUCAUAACUUAACUCAGUCCCUGUUUAGUUCCUAUUUUUAACGUAUCACUCCGCGAAUUUCAUUUUAUUUUGCUUAUUUCUUUGAGACUGGGGGCCCAGGCUUCAUAAGCCUUCUGGUUUCUCUGGGCUCCCCUGCAACCUUACAAUUCCGAUAUGCAUUCUUGUAUUGUAUUAUAUUUUGGCGAAAUAAAAAUGAACUGAACUGAACGCCUUGCUAAAGUUUGAAAUCUCGGGAACGCGAAACUGCAAACGCGCAACCGCAAACUGCGGUUUGAAAUUGCGGUUUGCCUGAUGCUAAAGGUCUCUAAUCAAAUGGUAUGACCUACAACUUGUUUUUGAAGAGAACGCCUUAGUUCGUUUGAAUUCGUUUUCUUUUUUUUUUUUCUUUUAUAACUCUUAAGGGUCGCCUGCCUGUUAAGUGGACUGCUUAUGAGGCUUUGUUGUAUGGAGUGUACACAACAAAAAGUGACGUGUGAGUAGUGAACAUUAUAUGGUAUUUGAAAUUGUCUUGUUCAUUUUUCGUUCACAUCUCCCAUUCCUUUCAAUUUGCAGUUGGAGUUAUGGCAUUCUCCUUUACGAGAUACUUUUUUUUUUUUUUUUUUUUUUUUUAAAUUUAAUUUUAUUUUAUUUUAUAAUCACACUUGGCAUUCACUUGCAAUACAGCUACACGGUACUUACUUACAACAAGAUACUUACAACGAGAUACUUACCGUAGGUAAGCGUGGAUUAAAACAGAAACAUACACAAUAUUGUUUAAAAAACAGUUAAAUAAGCUGAGUUCUGCAUCAGAUAUUAAUUACAUAAUACAAUCGCUCCUUUUCUUCAAUAAAUGAAUAGAUAAAUGAAAUAUUCCAACGUCAUUCUGUAGGUGGGACUCCAUAUCCAGAUAUAAAACCUCGUCAAAUCGCAGAACGACUUCAAAAAGGAUACAGAAUGCCGAAACCAAGACACGUUGAUGAGAAACUGUGAGUAAAGGCUCAGUUUAUUGUAUCAUAUAAUAGCUUAGCCAUUAAGGAUUUUCAGUUUUGAUUAUCUCAGUUUUUAGUAUUUGCAACUGUAUCUCUAUCAAAAGAGGCUACUCAUGCAAGGGGGUAUUGCCUCAAGCAAUCCUCUUCCACGUGAGGACUAGACCAGUCUAUAGACUUAAGCUUCUGUGUGUUCUCCUUUAACUUUUGGCGCGCUUCUGUUUAAUUUCCACUUGGGCUUUCCACCUCCAAAUGAACCCUUAAAGCGUUUUACUUAAGGAUAGGCAGGACAUCACGAAAGUAAAAAUUGUCCACUUCACGUCUGUUUCUUAACUUAUUAUAAGAAAAUCUUUGGGCUCUUUGUUAAAAUGACCCAGGUACCAGGUCAUGCUGAAAUGUUGGAAGGAAGAACCAAAUGAUCGACCAACAUUUCAAAACCUGCGCAAGACCAUGAAGGAAAUGGAGAGAAAACACAAGGUGAGAUGAUUAGGCAACAUGAUCAAGGUGGUACUACAUUUACAGGAAAAGACUGAUUGUUUCGCCACUUAUCAGUCACAGUACAGUUAUAUAACAAACAUAACAAGUCUCUUUGUUAAAAUGGAGACAAGGAAGGGAAUAAAUUGGGUGGAAGGAGUGACAGUAUAGCCCCAAGUGAAGGACUUUUCUAAGACUUCUGAGAAAAAGACACUUUCCGAAGACAUUUGGAAUUAAUUUUGGAAUAUAUUCUACAAAAACAGCUCGUAAAAAAAGACCAAAGGGUUAACUUGUCUAAAUAAAUGUAUUCAGCAGAUGAUUAAAAUGAGUGGGACCUCCUUUCUUGUCAGUAAAGACAGCAUUCAAUAAGGCCGAGGAAAAUAACACGUUCCGGGGUCUGCAUAAUUCUUCAAAUCACACAAAAGACGAAUCCAAUAAUUUACUUAUUAUUCAUCCAAGAAAUCUGUAAUUUUAAUGGUAUUUUUGCUAUUAUUGCUGUUUUAAGGCACUUUUUUGGCUCUUUCCACUUCGCAUAACUCGCAAAAUCCACUCCUUUUUUUUACCCUGUGUUCCCUGCACUUCUGUUUCCCUUUAUUUUUUGAUAUCGUUCUGUUAUCGACGAGCGUUUUCCAAAGUCAACGGUAGCUACUUUUUAUGCAGAAUUAGCUCGGGGAUUUCAGCCAAUCAGAAACUAUAGAACGUUUUGAAUGAACUAAGGACUAUAACUUAAUUUUACGAAAAUGGAGCGGUUAUAUUUCGCGGGACUCAAAUUUCGCGAUUAAAUGAUAAAGAAAUUGAAACGAAUUACAUUUCACGGAAUUUGUUUUAAUGAUGAACUUGACGAAUCGCACAACUGACCUUAAUUUGACAUAGCAAUUAUUAAGCUUUAAUCAUCAUCAUCAUCAUCAUCAUCAUCGUCAUCAUUGUGCAUCAUGAUAAAAUUGCAAUACAUUUUUAACGAACUGCUAAAAAAAUCUUAAGCUAACUUUAUUCUUGAUUGAUUUUCACUAACAGAUGUACGUCAACCUGAGACAGUAUGAUGGCCGUCUAUAUGCCAACGUUCAUGCCGGGGAUGGGACUGAAUAGUAACUGAUGGUGGCUAUCUGGAAUAAAGGAUUGCAAAGUUCGUCGGAAUGAUAUUCGAGAAAGGUUGUGUGACUGUUGGAACAAAAGAACAAUAAACGUGACAAUUAUGUCACUUAUUCAAACUUUAGCUUAAACUGCGCAGAUUUAUAUCUGGAAUACAUUAAAAUCAUCAGUAAAUGCUUAAUAUUACUUAUUGUAACAUGGUCAGAAUUUUUAAACAUAAAAGCUAGUUUUGUUUACAUUAACGAAACAAAAAAACGGACUGCAGUGAAGCGUCAAAGCAAAUGCAUUUGACUAGACAUUACAGCUUUCUGAACAGACUAAUGAUAUUUGUCGAAAUCCUUUACAUUACGAUAACAAUUGGCAUUUAAUGUGCGAAAACCUUGUUUUACUUUUUAAUGUUUUGGGACUUGUAAGGACGCCGCGUAACGGAGCGAUCUUGGAUUCGAAUCCCAGGUCUGACCACAAGAAGCAGUUUUUAUCGUUGGUUGCCCGAGUUUCAAUUCUCAGCCAUGUUAUGAAUAACCAACGAGUUGCGCCUUUCUCGUUAUUGUUGUAGUAGUAGGUAGUUGUAGUAGUAGUAGUUGUUGUUGAUUUUAAAUCCUGUUAUGUUUUAUGAAGAUUAUUGUAUAAGUUAAAAACUCAGGUCUACUUUUUUACCUAAUUUUUCUUAGUGAUGACCGUCUCUAAACUUCACUGAAAUUUGAAAAUCAAAUCAAAUCAUGCGGUGUUAGCUCUUCGAUUCAUUUUACAAUAACCCUCACCAUUUGGAAGAUGAUUUAUAAUCUG